AUCGGCGGGAUGGACGAAAUUCAUCUGCUGCUGAGGGACAAAUGCAAAGUCCCGGGACCGUAAGCACUGUGCAGCGAACAAUGACAAGAACGUGCUUUCGAUUUUAAACAUAAGUAUUCAACAGCACUGUUUGUCUCAAGAUUUUGUGUUUUACUUUUCAAAAAGGAGCGACAAAAGGGACAGAGGUCUUUGAUCAGAGGAUACGGCGUUUUGCUGCUAAUGAAGACAGACGAGCAUAAUGCAGUAAGUUGCAGAUGGGGACAGGCUAAAACAUGCAGCUAGCCGGGAUUGCAGUGUUUCUGGGAAAUUAAGUAAAGAUUGACAGCAGUUUCUAUGGAUAAAGACAUUUACAAGGAUUUUGAAGAGCUGCCAAACAUAGGAUCAUCGUUCAAAGAGACCAACUCAUCUACACAAUUGACAUGGACCACCUAAAGUCGCGCAGUAGUGAUGAGGAUGAAGAGCUGCACUCCACAGACCCAGAGAGUAAAGAAAAGAACAAAGAUAAAAAGGUCCUGUGCAAAGUGAAGUGGUCUCGUGAUGAGGAUGAAAAGCUGAAGAAACUUGUUGAGCAGCAUGGAACGGACUCAUGGAAAUUAAUAGCAAACUUCUUUUCUGGGAGGACAGAUGGCCAAUGUCAGCACCGCUGGCAGAAGGUGCUCAACCCAGAGUUGGUGAAAGGGCCCUGGACAAAAGAGGAGGAUCAAAAGGUGAUUGACCUGGUUCACAAGUAUGGCCCCAAGCGCUGGUCUGUGAUUGCAAAGCAUCUCCAGGGAAGGAUUGGAAAGCAGUGCCGUGAGCGAUGGCACAACCAUUUGAAUCCAGAGGUGAAGAAGUCCUCGUGGACCCAAGAAGAGGAUCGCAUUAUCUAUGAGGCCCACAAACGGUUAGGGAACCGCUGGGCUGAAAUAUCUAAACUCUUGCCUGGAAGGACAGACAACUCUAUCAAGAACCACUGGAACUCUACAAUGAGGAGAAAGGUGGAGCACGAGGGCUACCUGCAGGAGGGAUCCAAGAGCUUCAGCUCUGGUCAAACUGGAAGGAGACGCCACAGACAAUGUCAUUCUACACCCUCAGAGCCUCCGAGCAGUGACAGCAGCCCCCUCCCUGUGCCACAGAACCAGAUUGGAGCUUACCCUUUUGAUUCUCACACUGGACACUUGAUGGGCAGCCUCACAAAUAAUCCUGCAUUCUUAUCAAAUAUAGAGCAGUACUCAGGCUGGUCAGACAGUGGCAGUAGCUUGGAGGAUCAGGCAGAGAGAAGAUCAUGGGGGGGUCCCAAAACCCCACAACGACCCAUUGCACAUUCUUCUGUCUCCCCAAGCAAGUUCCUAGCUGUGGAGGCCAGCACCGUCCUCUCUUCUUUGCAGACCAUACCAGAGUUUGUUGAGACAAUGGAGCUUAUUGACUCUGAUCCGGUUACAUGGAGUGACGUGACCAACUUUGAGUUGUCAGAGACCGAGACACUGCCCAGACACAACCAGGCUGGCUACACCGCACUGCUGCAGGACAGGAAUGUUGAUACUUCGGUGAGCUACACAGUAGACUGCCAGACAGCCUUAUGCUUACGCAACAAGGACCCCUCCACAUUUGGAGUUGGCACCACUACAUCUCUGACGCCCAUUACCUCAUCCAAACCUGCUCACACUUCCUCUGGGAAACGGAGGAGAAGAGAGAGGGGGGAACCGUUGUCUGAACGGACCUGCAACUCCUUCCUGGAUAAUAUUCAAAGUUCACCCAAGAAAACACCUACGAAGUCACUGCCAUUUACGCCAUCACAAUUUUGCAACAUAUUAGGGGCAGAGCACUUGAAUCUGGAUACUCCGUCUCUUACGUCAACCCCUGUGUGCAGUCAAAGAUGUCUCCUCAACACCCCUGUCCACAAAGAAACCACGCCUAAGCACGAGAAAGAAAAUGAAGGAUCCAGAACUCCUAAAUUUCGAAAGACUGUUAUGAUCCCCACACCCAGGACACCCACACCUUUUAAAAAUGCUUUAGCUGCACAGGAGAAAAUGCAUGGUCCUCUCAAAAUGGAGCCACAGCCACUAGCAUUUCUUGAGGAAGACAUUCGAGAAGUUUUAAAGCACGAGACCGGAGCAGACAUUUUCAACCAAACAGAUGUCCACCCAGACUACCGAACAUGGAAACACACUCUGGAUGCUCCAGCUAGGAAGGUGCGCAAGUCCCUUGUACUCGAUCCCUGGGAAAAAGACUGUCUAAAUAUACAACUCUUUCCAGAGCAACUCAACAUUGCACAAUUGCCAGAUGACAGCCUACUGACAAACUCAUCGUUGGUCACAAAUACAGAGGAGGAAGAAAGCAGCCGACCUUUGAACCCCUUAGAUGAGGGUUCCUCUGUUUUACCUGUAAAUCAUUUCAAAUCCCCUGCAGCUCAGAAAACACAGAAACACACUUUAAAUGAGGUGCACGAGUGGGAGGCUGUGGUUUAUGGGAAGACUGAGGAUCAGCUGCUCCUGACAGAACAGGCACGCCAGUACCUGAACCCCUACACCUCAAGAGCUCUUGUGCUCUGAACAACAGCCCCUUCACUAACCCAAUACACAGUGAGUCCAGUAAGAGACAAUCCAGUCAAGAAAUGCACUGUCAAGGACACUCCCAAAAAGCAUGGCUGCUGUUAUUGUGCUUGUGCAUUUUUCUAGGUCACUGUGUGGAAGGUUUUCUUUUAAAUACAGAAUUCACAACAAUAGCAUUUUUUUGUACAGACAGGUAGAUUCUGCACUAGGCAGUGAUAGGUAGACACUGACAUUUACUUUAAAUGUCAUUAUAUUUUAAAUGUUAACAAAAAACAUUUAACUCAUUGUGCAUCUUUUCAUAUUCCUUGCUAAACUCAAUGUUGCAUAAAACAAUGCUUAUUAGACACAGCUUAAUGAUUUGCAACGCCUAAUUUACAAGUAAGGAGCAUGUGCAUGAUUUUUAGAUGCUUAAUGGGACACAGGUCAUGUUGCACUGCUACUAAUAUAUUUUGCUGCUGAGAACAGUGUAUUUGGAAACUGGAUAGCACUUGUGAUGGACUGUGAUGUUUUAAAUAGUGCAACAUUUCAACAAGGUCAUAGUCAGUCAGACAUUAGUUUGAAUGUAUUUCCUAUUGUCAUGUGAAAAACAGAAGGGUACCUUGUUUGUUUAUUUAUUUAUUAUCUGUCAGCUCUAAAGCUUAGAUUUUAAUAUAAAUCAGACACAAUACAUUUUUUAAAAGUUUAACCUUUGCUGACAAAACAGCCUCUACAUACACUACAACUUUAUCUGUUAGUAAUACAUUGAAGAAUUUUAUAAUGCAUUUUGUCCUGAAAGGGUUCAUCCUUUUGAAGGCUGUCCAGUUAUUUAUUUAAUGUCUACUAAUUUAUUUAUUUUAAAAAAAGAUUUAAGAAAAAUAUGAAGAAUUAUAAAGUUUUCCUUUUUUUCCCCUUACUCCAUCAUUGAGUUAGUCACUGUUUUAUGUAAAAUGUAGAAGUUUUAUGUUCUGCAUCCAUAAUUAUUUUAAGUAGCUAGGACAUUUUUUCUUAAGUCAUUCACUAGCCCAAUUAGAUAGAUUAUUUCUGACCUCUAAUCAUAGACAAAUUGCACUUUUUAUCUAUUGUUGUACAUAUCUGAUGGUUUAUACAGAAGGAUAUAGUUUUUUGUAAUGUGUGGUGUUAGUUUAACAUUGUUUGUGCUGUUGAAAUCCUGCUGCUUGGUUUGUUACGUCCUACAUCUAAGGCUACUGUGGUUAAAAAAAUAUCAGUGCUUCCAUUUUUGUAACCAUUUCUCAACCCACUUCAGCUCAUGGUAAAAUAACUUUGUGGCUUUGAUAAUAUAUUAUUACAUUUGAUUUGGAUCAUGUAUUUGUCUGAAGGAGGGUAAAAAGGGAAACCCAGGUAGACAUGGGAUGUGUUGCUCACAAUGUGAUGAAGGUUUUCUUGUAUUAUUUGUGUAAUUCAUCAUACAGUGUGUAAGUUGUAUGUUUUUUUGUCUGGAUUUCGUUAAUUCCAUUGAGCUAUAGUCAAUAAGUUAAAAAGUUAUUACUUGUGGUUUCUGAGGGAAUGAAUGCACAAGAGUAGCUGCAGCCAUAGACUACUAUAAUCAUGCUUGAGCAAUACACUAAAUGCUGGAUUUAAUUAAGGCAUAUUACAACAUAUUACACUAUUUUGUAGCAUUUACAGUUGGAAUAACUGUGGUACAAUGAAAAUCCUGCUAAGUUUUUGUAACAUUGUACUUAAUUACAAAAAUAAAUGCAUUUCAGUA